AUGGGCGCAGCCUGCUGUGCGGGCUCGCUCGCUGGCGUCGUCCCCGAGGCAUCGCCUCUAUCAUACCUCCUCGGUAUGGUACUGGCAGGGAUAGGUGGUGUGCCUACAUCUGUGCUGCUGGCCACGGUCGCCGCUGCCGUCCUUCUCCCAUACGCCGCACUGUGGCUCGCUACGCCGGCGACGUCCCGAACGAGCGCAGAGGAAUGCACCUACAUGACCGCCGAUGAUGCAGGUCACUGGCAUCCGCUGCCCACGAUGGCCGACGAGGCGGCCGUGCAGCUGACGGUGGUUGUGCCCAUGUACAAUGAAGAGAAGCGGCUCAUGGCCAUGCUAGACGACACGCUCGACUGGCUGGAAUUUCAGCGGGAGAAGAAACAGCCACUGAGCCGUGAUGCAGGCCUGGAUGUGGCUCGCGCCCUGACGCAGCCGCUAUCGACCUAUGAGCUGCUGCUCGUCGACGAUGGGUCGCGCGAUGGCACGUGCGAGUGUGCCGUGGCCUACGCGCAGAGGCGCGCGCUUCCGAGCGGUGCAGAGAUCCGCAUCACACGUCUGCACAAGAACCGCGGUAAGGGUGCCGCUGUGCGGCAUGGCAUGCUCCAUGCGCGCGGUGCGUUCGUGCUGUUUGCCGACGCGGAUGGUGCGACGCGCUUUGCAGACCUGUCGGUGCUGGCCCGCGAGAUGGUGCGCGUCAUCACGCCGGCAGGUCAUGGCAUUGUCGUCGGCUCGCGCGCACAUCUGGUGACGAGUGACGCGGUGGUCAAGCGCAGCUUCCUGCGCAACCUGCUGAUGCGGUGCUUCCACCUGGUGCUCUCGCUGCUGAUGCACCCCCCCUCGCUAAGCAGGCUGUGGCCCCGUGCCGUGCCGAAGAGUGCUACGGUGCAGCACCUACCGCAGCAGCCCGACAUCCAGGACACGCAGUGUGGCUUCAAGCUCUUUGCGCGCGCGUCCGUGGCGCGCCUGUUUCCCCUGGCGCACAUUGACCGCUGGAUCUUUGACGUAGAGAUCCUGCUGCUGGCCCAGAUGGCCUGUCGUGCGAGCGAGGGCACACAUGCGCUGCGGCCAGAGGCGCAGCGGGGCGACGGAGAUGCCCUACUGCGCCUCCCGCUGCCUAUCGCGGAGGUCGCCGUGCACUGGACCGAGAUCGACGGCAGCAAAAUCCAUCUGCUGGCAGAUUCGAUGCGCAUGGGCCGCGACCUGAUUGUUCUCCGACUCAACUAUGCCCUGGGGCGGUGGCGCCGCCCAGAGAACCUAUAUACCUGCGGGGCUCGUAGCCAGCGAUAG